AUGUCUUACUCUCAAGAACGCUAUAUCGCCGAGCUCGCCGUCCAGCGGGCAUCCAUUCUCACCCAGAAGGUCUUCUUCGAGAAGGCCAAGGGUACCGUCUCCAAGGAUGACAAGUCCCCCGUCACCAUCGGCGACUUCGGCGCCCAGGCCCUGAUCAUCCAGGCCAUUCGCAAGAACUUUCCCAACGACGAGAUUGUUGCCGAGGAGGAGGCCAGCUCCUUGCGCGAGGACAAGGAUCUGAGUGCCGAGAUCUGGCGUCUGGUCAAGGACAUCAAGCUGGAUGAUGAGGAGAGCAACAACCUACUCGGUGGCUCCCUGACCAGCGAGCAGAGCAUGCUGGAUAUCAUUGAUGAGGGCAAGAGUGCCGGUGGUGGUCAGGGCCGUAUCUGGGCUCUCGACCCCAUUGACGGCACCAAGGGCUUCCUCCGUGGUGGUCAGUACGCUGUCUGCCUGGGUCUGAUCGUUGACGGCGACGUCAAGGUCGGUGCCAUUGGUACCCCCAACCUCCCCGUCGAUGAUGCCGCCACUAUCGACGCCAACACCGGUGCCCAGCAAGGCCAGACCGCCGCCAAUGGCGUCCUCUUCUCCGCCGUCCUGGGUGAGGGUGCCAUCAGCCGCCCGCUGACCAGCGGUACCCUUGCCGCCAGCAAGCCCAUCUCGAUGCGCCCUGUCUCCGAUAUCGCUCAGGCUGUCUUCUGUGAGGGUGUCGAGGCUGCUCACUCCGCUCAGGGUGACAAUGCCGCCGUUGCUGGUCUUCUCGGCAUCACCGCCCCUAGCGUUCGUCUGGACUCGCAGGCCAAGUACUGCUCGAUCGCCCGUGGUGCUGGUGACAUCUACCUCCGUCUGCCCGUGAAGAAGGACUACCAGGAGAAGAUCUGGGACCACGCUGCCGGUGACAUUAUCGUCCGUGAGGCUGGUGGCCAGGUUACUGACAUCUACGGUUCCCGUUUGGACUUCAGCAAGGGCCGGACUCUCGCUGCCAACAAGGGUGUCGUUGCUGCUCCCAAGGCUCACCAGGCGCAGGUCAUUGAUGCCGUCAAGACUGUCCUGAAGCUGUAA